GAGAAUCAGAACAGUGGCAGUUUCGUGAAUAUACGACUGAAUCAAACUCUCUUGAUGGAGAAUGUGGUGGUGGUUCGUGAUGGAGAUGAAGAACUCUCUCUAUUCCUGGAGAUGCGAAGACGUGAGAAGCUUCAUGACGUUUCUUCUCUUUCACAACCUGGAGCAAACAGUACUGUUGACAAGACUAGCACAAAGAGUUUGGAGCUUUUGAAAACGAGCUGUGUUAAGCUGCCUAGGAGCGCUGUUGAAAAGUUUUUGGACUCUGAGAACGAUAAGUCAGAUUAUGAGUGGUUACUUGCGGCUCCUGAGACGGUAGGAGGGAAAGAGAACUCAAUGGUUAAAAUCAAGGAGCCUAAAGCUAGGUCCACUGCUCUAAAACAACGAGUUGAAAACAUCCCGCAAGAACCAGUGACACGGAGCGUUAAGGCUUCCAAGCCAACACCAAAAACUGUUUCUAGCAAGCAAGCCAACACAGCUGCAGAAGUAAAACCAAGCAUUAAACCGUCAAGACAAGCCACACCCACUUCACGAGCCUCAUUACCUUCCACAAGACAAACCAACUCUGCUCGAAAUUCGAAUCAAUAUAGUAGAACCACUUCAAACAAAUCCAAUCCACGAGCAUCUGCUCUUAACCGCUCAUCCUCGGUGGGAAAGUCAGUUUCUAGUGCAAAAUCUACAACUCCAACAAUCCCUGAAACACGUGCUAGACCUGUCUCAACCUCAAGAAGCAGAGUCCACAGUUCAGGGGACAGAUCAAUGGGGCGGUCCAAGAUUAGCAAUGAUGUGAAUCCUGUGUUGAUGGGGACUCAAAUGGUGGAAAGAGUUGUGAACAUGAGGAAACUGCCACCUCCAAAAUUUGACGAUAACACCAGCUCGGGUUUCGGGAGAACUCUUUCUAGGUCGUCUCUAGACAUGGCUUUGAGGCACAUGAACAUAAGGCAUAGCGUUUCGAAGAAUCUGAGGGUAACAAUCAAUGCUCCAACUAACUCGAUGAACAAAAACGAGUCAUCACAUUCUGAAACAAUGGAGAAGGAUAAUUGUAACAAGAAGAGUCUCUCAGAAGUACUUGAUGUCCGGCAACUCAGGCACACGAAUUCCCCGGUAUUCUCUACCGCCAUUUUCGCGGUCAUAAUGUUGCUCGUUGUCGCGGGAACAAUCCUCUCAAACAUGUCUCUAGAAUCAACUUUCUUCUGGUCUUCACCGACCUCUGAGGUAAUACAAAUAAACAGAAUGGAGAGAAAGUCAUUGGCUCCUCCAAAGAACAGUACAAGCAGAGACAGGAUCGCUUGGCUUCGAUCUCAUCUAACAGAAUUCGAGGUUUUCAAGUCAACAAACCUUUCAGAGCAGUUUCAUCAGAGGGUUGUUGACUCUCUCGACGACAAAUGUGAGGUUAGAUUCUUCAUGACAUGGUUUUCACCAGCAGAGUUUUUCGGAAAGAGAGAAAUUUUGGCUGUAGAAAGCGUCUUUAAAUCUCAUCCUCAAGGAUGCUUAAUGAUUGUAUCAGGAUCCAUGGAUUCUCAACAAGGAUACAGCAUACUAAAACCGCUGAUUGAUCGCGGUUACAAGGUUUUUGUAGCCACACCAGACAUUUCAUUGCUUCUUGAGAACACACCAGCUAAAUCUUGGUUUCAAGAAAUGAAAAGUUGCAAAAGAGAUCCGGGAAGGAUACCGUUACAUCAGAACCUUUCAAACCUCGCAAGGCUAGCGAUUCUGUACAAGUACGGAGGUGUGUACCUAGAUACUGAUUUCAUCGUCACAAGAAGCUUUAAAGGGUUGAGGAAUUCAAUAGGAGCACAAACAGUGAUGGAAGGAGAUUCAAAGAACUGGAUAAGGUUGAACAACGCGGUUCUGAUCUUCGAGAAAGAUCACCCGCUUGUUUACAGUUUCAUGGAAGAGUUUGCUUCGACUUUCGAUGGGAACAAAUGGGGACACAAUGGUCCUUACUUGGUAACAAGAGUAGCGCAAAGAGCACGAGAAACGACUGGGGACAAUUUCACAGUAUUACCACCAGUAGCAUUCUAUCCAUUCAACUGGUUAGACAUUCCAAGACUGUUUCAAACGCCAAGGAGCAGCAAUGACUCCACAUUACUCAAAGCCGAUCUGGUCAUGCUGAACAAAGAAAGCUAUGGACUGCAUCUGUGGAACAAGAUCACCGGAAAGCUUAAGAUCGAAUCUCCAAAUUCUACUGUCUCUGACAAUAACCCACCGUUCAAACCAAACGUGCCUCUUCCCAGACCCGAUGGCCCCAUGAGUAGCAGUUGUAAUAUCAACUCAGUUUUGGACUCAGAGUAUAACGAAAAGGAGUUAGAUCCGUUGGUGCCUCCUCGUAAAGCUAGCAAGAACGAGAGAAUUGACUGGUUCAGAAGAAAGCUACCUGAGCUGGAGAUACUGAAAUCGACUAGCAAGAGCAAGAGAUUCCAUACAAGAGUUUUGGACUUGUACAACAACAAUUGCUCUGCUCAGUUCUUUAUGAUUUGGCUUUCUCCCGCAAAAUCCUUUGCACCAAGAGAGAUAUUAGCAGUUGACACUCUCUUCACCACCAAUCCUGGUGCUUGCUUGGCGAUUUUGUCCAACUCAUUAGACUCCCCCAGAGGAUACACCAUCCUUAAACCAUUGCUUGAUCGAGGUUUCAACCUCACUGCUGUAACUUUAGAUAUCCCGUUCCUCGUCAAGAACACUCCUACCGAAGCUUGGCUGAAAAGGCUAAAGAGUGGCCACAUGGAUCCCGGUUCUAUCCCCUUGUUCAUGAAUCUCUCUGAUCUAACAAGACUCACGGUACUGUACAAAUACGGAGGAGUCUAUCUAGACACAGACAUCAUCUUCCUUAACGACAUGACAGGACUAAGAAACGCGAUUGGGGCACAGAGUAUUGAUCCAGAAACCAAGAGAUGGACAAGACUAAACAACGCAGUGAUGGUCUUCGACAUCUACCAUCCACUUAUGCAAGAAUUCUUGCAAGAGUAUGCCACAACAUUCGACGGAAACAGAUGGGGAUACAACAGCCCUUACCUAGUCUCUAGAGUUAUCAAGAGAUUAGGAAACAAACCUGGAUACAAUCUCACAAUCUUUUCCCCCGACGCUUUCUAUCCAGUGAAUUGGAUACAAAUCCAAAAGCUUUUCAAGAAACCUGCAACCACAAGAGAAGCCAAAAUGGGUAGAGAAGACGGUACAGGACAUGAACAAAGGGAGUUACAUGAUACAUCUGUGGAACAAAGUCACAAGGAAGAUUAAGAUUGAACAAGGAAGUGUAAUGCACACUCUCAUCACCACCCAUUGCACAGUCUGCAGAAACAUCACAAA